CGGUUUACCCUUUUUUUUGAAAGCUUUGAUUCCUGAACUGCAUUUUUCAAAAUGACCGUUGUUUGCUGUUCCGCAUCUGUCAAUUGUCAAUUUGUGCGCCAAUUUUACUUUUAUUUUAUUUGAGUUUUGAUUGAUGGAAGCGUCCCCGGACGCCCCGCGGCGUACUCGCGCCGCUCUGGCUGAAAUACCUGCCCGGCUCGACCGCCUGCGCGUUACUCCGCUUAGACCCCUCACCAACACAAGGGAAGUGUCUCCGUCGCUUCCACCAGGCUACCUCAGCCCCGCGCCCUCGCCUGACGAGUUCCUCAUACAACAAAGAGGUCGCAAACGUCUCCCAACAACAUGGUCUCCUGACAUUGACAUCAAACGUAACUCAACGUUUCACUCAGCAGUGCGCACGCCCCCUAAAAAUACACCAGGGCGUAGCUCCCCACCCAAACUGGGGGUGACACUACGAUCGACGCCCAGAAAACGUCUUCUACUCGGCGACAUCGAAAGAGUACCCCUCACGCCAGAAAAGAUUGACUUCAGUGACAUCAGUACACCCCAAAAGUUCAAAAUCAACAGCCCUAUCAAAGGCACGCCGCCAAUCAAAAGGUGCCGACUCGACAGAACUUUCGACGGAGAUUUCAAAGGGCCUUUAGACACCGCUUUAAAAGGCUUGAGUCCUACACAACUCAUACACAUGAUAAAAAGAAUAACGCAUAAACAUCCAGAAGUUGAACAGGAGAUACGUAAAGAUAUGCCCGCUCCUGAUAUGGCGCCAUUGGAAGAAAAAUUGUCGUAUUUAAAGUCGAACAUAUUCAAAAGUCUUCCUACAUCACGCUUAACUUCCAAAACUGAUUCCCCCGCUUAUUCCAGGGUUGCUACACAUAUAACUGCAUUCAAGAAGUGUCUUGUCGAACAAGGAAAAGUACUUGUAGAAUCCCAGCAUUGGGAAUCUGUUAUGAACUAUGUAUUCCUUGCUUGGAGCUAUGUUAGGGCGACACCUGUAUGGGAUAAUCAACCGCAUAACACUCAGAGGAAACAGUGCUUUAAAGCGCUGACUAAUUUUUGUAUGACAGCCCUCAAAAAGGGGGGAUUCGGCAAAGUUUUUUACAUGGAUGUUCAAGAAAAGCUACAAGGAAUGGAAGCAGAUAGCGAGGAGGUGCAGUCUUGUCUUAAAUAUGUCAAUGGACAAUUGCAAGAUUAUUAGUCAAAAACUUAUGAAGCUCCAAUAAUUUCUUGAUAGCGUCAAUUUUAUGAUUUUAAAUUUUCAUAAGAAUUAAUUGUUUGGGAAUUUUCGGCCAUGAAUAUUACGCGAUUCACUUAAAUAAAAAUUACAAAAAUUAAAUAUAGGUACAUCAAAAUUGUAUGAUAUUUUCCCAUACAGAUUUUGGGUAUUUUUCAAUUAAAAGCACAAUUUAAAAGAAAAAAAAUUAAUACCAGUUUUGCGUUUAAGUCUUUAGAUAAUUAUGUAUGUAUUAAUUUUAAGAGCAAUGUAAUUUUUACUCUGCACACAAUUAAUUUAAGAUGUUUUAUUCUUUUUCAGUUUUUCUCCUUUUGUAUUUAAGAAUUUCUGUGUAUUUUUUGUUAGUGUAAUUUGAACCAUGUUGUAUUGUAAUACCAGAUAAUUCACGGGAAGCCUCUUUGUGGUUUAGGAACUGACGAAGUUUGAUAAUGGAUUGGUGACCGACGAAUGCCGUUAUUCAUUACCAUUAAAAAACUAAGAGUGGUGGGUCUAUGCUCUAUAAUCACAAUUCCUAAAAUGCUCAGAAAUGGGAUUUUGAUGAUGUCCAGUAAUUUAGUUAGUAUGCUUCAGAUUUAGUAUUUGCAAUCAAAAUAAAUCAGGGUUGGAAUCAGGAUCUUAAAUCUCUUAACAAUUGUUAACGCAUCACAUUCGCCAUUGCAAUUGUUGACGUCAAUUUGAUAUCUAUAUUUUUGACGUGUCAAAAUGACGUCUAAAAUAUUUCUUGCGCAGUUAUGAUUUCAAUGUCAUAAAGAAUGGAUGGCUUAUUAUUUAGAUUUAUAUAACGCCUUUGUAGGUACUAAGUUACACUUUGUUGGAUUGGCCUAAUUUAAUUCUCGUACUAUGAAAUCUGGAUUAAAAAUAUAGAGUACAGUGAGAUGGCCAAGUAAUAUUUAGCAUAAUUUUAGGCGUAUUUUUUGAAACAUGUAUAAGAUUAUUUUUAGCUUACUGCAUCUAAGCUCCGAACUUUGACUUUGCUUUAACGUGACAACUAAAAUGAAUUACAAUUGAUAAACUAAUUUUCUGCUAUGCUAUAAUUGCUUUAAUAAGUUUAAAGAUAAAGUCCAAAGUUUAGUGCUAAAGGGUAUGGAAUUGUUAUGACUAACUGAUUUUUUAUGAUAAAUGAAAAGCAGUCUAAACAUAAUUCAAUUUGAAAUCAACUAUGAAAAUAAAUCACAAUAUAGAAAUCGGCUUGAUAUUUUUGUAGUUUUACAAUAUAUAAGGCUAAUUCUUUUUCUUUAGUUAAAAUUGUAUAAUUUUUAGUCUGAAUUGUAUAAAAUUAAAUUUAAUGCAUUAUUGUAUAAUAAUGUAUUAAAUUUAAUUUUAGAAUCAAGAAAAUUGCCGAAAAUCAAAUAGUUUAAUAGUGUAGUAGUAUAAUAGCGAAUUAUGCGAAGACCUCUUAUCCUGGAGAGGAGGCAAUUGAGAUUUCGUUACAUAGAGCCUGCCCAGGAAAAUAAAAAAAAAACUCGCGAAAAUAAUGCAGAAAAAAUCCAACAGUUUUUCAAGUUUUUACACUUACAAAUACUAUGUCCUCAGAACAGUUUUUUUUUUUAUUAUCCUUGCAGGCUUUAAAUUGUUUACAAAAAUGUCUUCUAUUAUUUUUAGAUUAUGUAACCCCUCCUGGCUACGGCCCAAAAUAAGAUGUUAUCGUAUGUUGCCUUAAUGGAAGGAAUGUGCCUUUUACAAUGUAAGUUAGAUUUCGAAUCAAAAAGUACAUUGAUUGACAAUAUCAAUAUCGUUUUAUAUCAAUAUACUGCGAUUUUUAAGGAUGUGCAUACUUAUAUGUUAAGAAAUUCGUUGUUUUAAAUAAAUCAUGGUUUUAAUA